UUAAAGAUCAUCUUCUCCCAAAUGGCUGAUCGACGACGUAUUCUCUCCCGGUUUUUUGCCCUUCCUGCAUAGAAAACUUGACACCGCAUGUUUGGCGACCAUUCAGUCAGUCGAUUGGCUAUCAAACUUGCCUACAUUGUUCCAGAUCGUUCGGUGAGUUCUUCACGAUAAACACAAAGACAAACAGUAAAGCUGCAGUCACACUUCAAAAUGCUGCCUGAUGGAUUUUAUCAGUUCUUCAGCUUCCUGCGGGCAAUCACAAGCCCUGCGACCAAGUUCGAGGGAGUCGUCGGAGACGGGCGAGAGAAAGCAUUGCUCAAGCAUGUCCUCAUCAGCGCUGACAACGACAGCCCCGACUCUGUCCUCGAAGCCGUCAACGAUUUCUGCAAAAGAACGUGGCUCAUGUGCAUCGGAGACGAGAAAGGCGCCCUCCUGGAUUCCUGUGUGCUCCACAGAAACCCGCGGGUAGCACUCGAACUAGGCGCUUACUGUGGCUACUCUGCGACCCGAAUCGCCUCACAGAUGAAGGAACCCGCAAGCAUGCUCAUCAGUCUCGAGAUGAACGCCACCAAUGUGGACACCGCACGCCAGCUUAUUAACCACGCAGGUUUGUCGUCGCGAGUGCGAGUGAUUAACGGGGUGCUCAGCGAGAAGCUGCAAGAGCUUAGAAACAUACUCAACUCCUUGAAGACGAACAUUUUCGAGUUUGUGUUCAUUGACCACAACAAGGACUCCUACUUGUCCGACUUCUUGCUACUCAAGGAGAAUGGGCUCAUUGGCAAGGGCACCGUCAUAGUGGCUGAUAAUAUGAAGUUUCCUGGUUCACCCAAGUACCGCCGCUACUUACGAAAGCACUCCGAAGAGUUCGAGACUGUGGAGUUGAAGUGCGCGUUUGAGUACAUUUCGUGGCUGCCAGACAGUCUCAUGGUGUCAACCUGGAAGUGAGCGAGGGGACCGUUGCAGUCGCAGUUGGUGAGGCAGAUCCCUGUUCACAGCAUUAUAGCUCGUAGUUGUAUUCUUGAUGUUACAUCAAACAGAAUUCAAGCUUGACCAGCUCACACUCGAAUUCUCUUUAAUGUAAGUUGUAUCCGGUUAUGGAUCUCCACAUCAUAUACUAAAGCUCAGUGAAGAUCAGAUCCUUACUGUGAUGAAAUAAUCUUCAUGCAAUAAGCUCUUGUGCAAUAUCCAUAUCAUGAAGCAGUGAUUGAGACUAA